CAUCGUGUAAAGGGGAGACGAAGAGCAAGAGAGUUUCGCGUUUCACCGCGCUGAGGUACUGAGUGUGUUUUAGCGUUCACUAGCCAAGAAAAAGGCGAAAUUUGUGCCCAAAAGUUCGGAAAACGGUGCAAAUUAUAUACGAAUAUCGCGCUCGGAAGUUCCGAAAACCGUUUAAAGUAGCAAAUCACCACGGAAAGACUGUUUUACCAGAGGAAAAGUUGGAAGUACGUCGAUUUGUUUGGAAACAGUGAGCUACUAUUAUGUCCGGAAUUGCGAUCGCGCGUCUCGGCGAGGAACGAAAAGCAUGGCGUAAAGAUCAUCCCUUUGGAUUCGUUGCGCGUCCUGUGAAGAACGCUGACGGCACACUCAAUCUCAUGACGUGGGAAUGUGCGAUUCCCGGCAAGAAGGGAACCCCAUGGGAGGGCGGUCUGUACAAGCUGCGAAUGAUCUUCAAGGAUGACUACCCAACCAGCCCGCCCAAGUGCAAGUUCGAACCACCACUGUUCCAUCCGAACGUGUAUCCGUCGGGCACCGUGUGCCUCUCACUGCUGGACGAAGAGAAGGACUGGCGCCCGGCGAUUACGAUCAAACAGAUUCUCCUCGGUAUUCAGGAUCUGCUGAACGAACCGAACAUCAAAGAUCCAGCGCAGGCGGAAGCUUACACUAUCUACUGUCAAAAUCGUCUGGAAUACGAAAAACGUGUCCGAGCACAGGCCAGGGCCAUGGCUGCCACCGAGUAAGUUUACAUAAGCUAGUGACGAACUGAGACAGUAAGAAAAUCAACUAAAUUAUAAACAAACCAUAAGCUGAUCGGGUAGUACAAGUAGGAGGUGGAAUCAUUGCUAUACCGGUCGGAACGCCGUGUCCGAGGAAAGGGUACACACAUGCAGGAAGAAAACAGACGGGGUGUCCUUUACUUUAAGCAAACUACAGCAACAAAUUGAAUACAAAAACAACCAUCUAAUAUUAUAUAUGAUAAUCGUUCCCCUUUUCAAGACGCAAAACCCAGAAAAGAACAAGCAAGAUAAAUUUAUUCAAAGCAUAGUUCUAAGCCACUUUUUUAAUUACUUAGAUUUGAAAAGAAAAGAUAAGAAGGAUCAAUAAAAAAAAUGCAAGCCGAAAAACCCAAUAGGGAUGGAUUCAUUAUCUCAUCAACUCGCCUAGAGUAGAAAA